AGAGAAUUCGAGCUUAGCAGGCAAAGUUCCGGAAGAUGAUCGAGGGACAGAUGAGAAAUAGGAUGAUGGACCAGCGCAGCUUGCAGGAUCGGGACAUGAUGCUGCUGAGGGAGUUGGAGCGAAGACUAAGAGCAGCAGCUGCUCAAGGAGAUACUACUCAUCAGACAGAUAUUGAUGAAUUGAUUAAAAACUUGGAGGGGAGACUACGACCAAUGAAGGAGAAUAUUGAAAAUGAGACCACAGAGCGAGAGAAGACGAGUCCUGAGCAGCCGGGGUACUCGACCACGUACGAUUACUUAAACUCGUGGCUCAAAGGAUGGGACCAUUGCUUGAAGGAGGAGGAAUUAAGACUACGAAAGCAAAGGAAGGAGACCAAAAACGAGCAGCAACCUGGAGUCAGUUCUGACCGAGACGUGAAAUCUGAAGGUUCAGCAUCAACUUCGAAGGAGCCAUGUGAAGCAAAAACCGAGGACUCAUCAACUACUCUGAAGGAGAAAGACCAUGUGAAGAACUCGAGUGAGCAGCCCGACGUGAUAAGAGGAGAUUCGUCAACUACUUUGAAAGAGGAUGACCAAGUGUACACUCCGCAGGAUCUUGAUGUGAAAGCUGAGAAUUCAUCAUCUGAUUUGAAGGAGCAAGACCAAGUGUACACCCCCGAGAUGAUUCAGGAGAUUGAAGACAAAAAGAAGAGAUUGUUGGAAGAGGAGUUCAAAAAGCAAAAUGUGGAGAGGAAGAAAGCGGAGGCUCCAAACAGCAAGCAGGCUCCUAGCGAUGGCACUGUGGUGUACUUGAGGAAUGAAGAAAAUGGAGCAGAUCUCUACUUGGUUGGAACCAGCCAUGUCUCUCAACAAAGUGCAGAUGAAGUGCGAGAUGUCAUCAGAAGAGUGAAACCAGAUUACGUGCUGGUGGAGUUGGACAGGAAGAGGUAUAACUCCAUGUUGCAACGACAAAACGGCCAAAAUAACCCAUUUGCUUUCGUUCAGCAGAUGGUGGAGACUUUGACAAAUAACAAUAUCGGCGCUGUUGGAAAGGUUUUGGGCUUGGGUCUUUCAGGUUUCUACUGGUUGCUGGCCUAUUGGGGACUGCAACCUGGGCAAGAGUUUAAGGUCGCCAUUCAGGAGGGCAAGAAGGCCGGAGCUAAGAUUGUGCUAGGAGACCAAGACAUUGAUGUCACUUUGAAGCAUUUUGGAGAGCAGACGUCCGUUGCCGAAGCUCUGCAAUUCUUUGCGCAGCCGAUGCCUAGUGACAUAGCUCAAAAAAUGAGCGGUACCACUCCCCGAGCUCCUCGUCAGAUGGAGUUCGAGCAACUCCGUGAUCGUAAACUUGUGCGCCAGCUCAAUGAAGAAAUGGAGAAGAAGGCUCCCGCUCUCACGAAUAUUUUGUUGAGAGAGCGUAACGAGUCCAUGACGAAGGCUUUGAGAAACUUGAGUGGUAAGGUUGUGGCCGUAGUUGGCCUUGCCCAUUUGGAUGGAAUUGAGCAGCUAUGGCGCGAGGCUAAUGAGAAGUAUCUCAAUAGCACAGAGUGAUCGUAGUUGCUUUGGGUUUCAAAGAUAGAUUAUGUAAAGUUCAAAAUAGAUACUCUCACUUCAUGUGGAAUGGGCCAUUCUUCCAGGCAUCAUAAAUGAAAAAGUUUUUAACUCUAAUAGUUAAAUAAUA